AUGCUUAGGGCAGCGUCAUUCGUGCAUCGAGCAUCUAGGAGACAUACACAUUCGCUUCUCGGCAGCCUCUUCGGGGCUACUGUGGUCCUGUGUCUCGUUGCUUUGACAGUCAAUUUCGGUGUGCGCAAAAAUGGGCAUCGGGGCAUUCUCGCCUCUUUCGCGCUUGCAUCUUCUCCUGAGCACGGCCAGGCACAGACCAGCGCUGCACCAGGGGGGGAACUAGAUGGUCACCAUGGAAUUAGUGACCCGCCGCAAAGCCCGGGUGACGGGAAGCAACCACAGGAGAACACGGGAGAAGUGAAUACGGAAUCAAAAGACACGUUCUCCCCAACAUCGGAAGCACAGGUUCCCAGCCCAAGGACGAGAACGCAGCCCGAGGGAGAAAGCACUGCGCCAGCAGGGCGCGAAGAGAGGCGGGACACAAAAGCCGGCGUACGCGCGGGCAACGUGCAGUCGACACUGACAGGAACCAACUCCGUGAGCAGCCUUUCUGCCUCCCCCCCAUCCAGUUCAGUUUCGCCUUUCCUGACCGACGGGGUACCCGAAGUCUCGGCCGCGCCAGCAAACUCCUUCACGGGUGCAUCGGCCUUUCCAGCGAAUGGCGUCAUUGCAGCAUCGCCCUCCGCCACGAAAGCUACCCGACCCGCGUCUUUCGACCACGACAAUAGGUGGAAUGUGAAGUUCAUCAUCGAUCAGCUGCUCACACCGGAACAGCAGGAGCAAUUGCCACCACAGCACUUGGAGUCGCUCGCGACUUACCUUUCCAGUCUCCGCUCUGAAGAAGUCGAACAACUGCUAUCUUACAACGCCGCACUGAAAGCAAACCAGACGCAAGGCGCUAUGACAGCAGCUUCUGCGACAGAGCUUUCCAGCCAAGAAAGAGGAAAACCCGCACCAUCGCCGUCAGGCGAAGUCCAGCCAGCACGUACUGUUGAACAAGCGACCGACGACGCUCCUGUGCGGACUGCCGACUCACCCGGGAGCGAGUCAAACCCGUCCGUUCUGCCAGGUCCCUCAAUGCCAUCAGCGCCAUACGCAGCCUCUUUUAGCUCCUCUUGGGUCGAUAUGAACAGCCCUCCAGGCCGCACGCGGCUUACGCCAUCGGCAGAUGGGAGUGUCGCUGCGCCAGCGUCAACCUCUGCGUUCGGUGCUCUUCCAUUAGCGGCCGCAGCUUCCCCUUCCGCACCUCUGUAUCCGACAGAGACGGUCCUGCGAGAAGGGAGCGAAAUGCCCUCCUUUGCAACGCCUGCGUUUUCCGGCCUUCCCCUACCCUUCCUUUCGGAUGCACAGACCGCUCAGCUACCCGCGCUUCUCCAGCCGCUUGAGCUGCAGCCGCUCGUGCCCCUGCAGUUGGGACUUCCACUACCGCCGCUCGGUCCUUCGGCUGCGCACUACAGAGGUAAUGGAUUCACGCCUCAUUCAGCCGGCGUCUCAGGACCGCAGCCGCCUCCCGCCACGCGGAGCUCGUCUAUCCUCAGCCCACUAACUGGAGUUGUAGACGGCGUCCUUCGCGCAGCGACCACCGGCGUGGUUGCCCCCGCUAUGAUCAACGCAGGCGUGCUUCUCAAUAACGCCAAUCAGAUAACCGCUCGCGUGCAAGAGGGCAGUGAGCAAGCUUCACAGUUUGUGGAGGGAUUCACUGCGUACAGGCAUUCGAAUCCUGAUGACCCCAUAGCAAAGCUGGUGAACGUUCUCGAGGAAGCAGCGACUACACUGAGCAGCAAGAACGCAGGGAUGGAUCAUUCGGUUGUCGAGGGGCAGAUGACACGGAGCGGAAGUGGCGACAAAGCAGGCAGCUCCCCGCGCAAUAGUGCGGUGGCUCUCCUCGAAACUGGGGGGGACGGAGAGGGACUAGGAACAGCCGGAAGUCAGCACGGCAGCGCAGACCGGAUGCACGGAAUGGAGUACAAGCUGACGAGCAAGGCGGAUCCUUUCGACUUCAGCGAGUUUGCAUCUGCUGCCGGGGUCAACGAAGCAAAGCAGAGGCAAGAGAAGGAGGCACAGCGACUCCGAAACGCAAAGAAAACUCAGGGGCCUGAAGAUGUAAUCUCAACAGUCAUUGGAACAGGGUUUGACGUAGCUGUUGACGUGCUGUCCAGACACCAGCAACAUCAGGAACGUCAGCGACAACAGAUGUCUGGAGGAAGUGGAUUCUUGGCAUCUCCUUACGCUCAAAACCUGAGCCAGACCCGUCAGACUGUGUACGAUGGAGCGGCGCAUCAGUACGGGUACCAUAACGGACACAGCAGAGCGGAAGCUCCGUAUGGAUAUCACACAGAGAGACAGCAGACUAACCACCCUACGGAGCCGCAUCAAUACGGGCAUGACGCAGGGCCCCAGCCCUACAGCCUCUCCUCGGUUUCUCCCUCUGCUUGGCAGCACCCGACUGCAGGCCGCGCCGCAGACGCUUUUGCGGACUAUGGACACACAGGCUUUCUUCAGCCGCACGCGCAUUCUAUUUCGUCUUCUGGAACUUCUGCGUAUCCGCUUAUGGCUGCCGCCGUGCCGCAGAAUGCAGGCGGAGGAGGAAGCGCCUGGGGCGGCUGGAGCGCCUAA